GAUACGUGUUGCAGAGGACAGACCUAUACAGUGGAGAACAACUUGGAUUCAGCAAAACGACAGCUCCACAGAGAGAAUUAAUAGGACAGGUACGUUCUAAGUAACGUGUAGGUUGCUUUUUUCCCCCUCAUCAUGAAUGUGGCAUCUCCUACCAAGUUCUACUCCUGAGCAUAAGAGGUCUCCAACAUGCCAUGCUGAGUGAUUUGUGAAUGAAUAAGUUAGCCAUGCAACCAAAUGACAGUGCGCAGACCCUGGUACCAGAGGUGUGUGAGCAAGUACUGGAGGAUAAUGCAGGACUGGGUUACGGUGGCUCUACUGGCAACCUGUCGCUGCGCUGCUGGCUACACUUCUUAAGCAAGGAAUCUAUACUGGAGCUACAGGGAGAUGGUUCCAGCAUCACAGUGCGGGUAAUGAUAGCUCUGGUGUACUCUGUCGUGUGUGCACUGGGGCUAGUGGGGAACUCUCUGGCACUCUACCUGCUUUACUCACGCCACAGUCAGACGCAGUCCUCAAUCAACUGCUUUGUAAUGGGCUUGGCUCUCACCGACCUGCAGUUUGUUCUCACGCUCCCCUUUUGGGCUAUUGACACGGCUCUGGACUUCCGCUGGCCCUUUGGCAAAGUAAUGUGUAAGAUCAUCAGCUCCGUGACCAUCAUGAACAUGUACGCCAGCGUCUUCUUCCUGACUGCCAUGAGUGUGGCGCGAUACUACGCAGUGACCUCAGCCCUCAAGAUGCACAGCAGGCGGACGGCGGCAGCCAGCGCCAAGUGGAUCAGCCUGGGCAUCUGGGUAGUGUCGCUGCUAGCCACCCUGCCCCAUGCCAUCUACUCCACCAGUGCCCAGCUAUACGACGAGGAACUGUGUUUGGUGCGAUUCCCUGAGUCAGGCAGCUGGGACCCUCAGCUGCUCCUGGGGCUGUACCAGCUACAGAAAGUACUGCUGGGCUUUGUUAUUCCCUUGGUGGUCAUCACUGUGUGCUAUCUGCUGCUGCUGCGCUUUGUGCUGAGCCAACACAUUAGUGGAGCGGCCAGCUCAGAGGGCUCGGAAGGCCGCCACAAGCGCCGGUCCAAAGUAACCAAGUCGGUGGCCAUCGUGGUUCUGUCCUUUUUCUUGUGCUGGCUGCCCAACCAGGCGCUGACGCUGUGGGGUGCGCUGAUUAAGUUUGACCUGGUGCACUUCAGCAACGCAUAUUACAACGUCCAGAACUACACCUUCCCGCUGACUGUGUGUCUGGCUCACACCAACAGCUGCCUCAACCCUGUGCUCUACUGCAUAAUCCGCCGUGAGUACCGCGCGGGCCUCAAAGAGCUGCUGCACGCCAAACCCUCCUUCAGGAGCCUGGCCAACCUGCUACCCCGCAAGGCCAAGGUGGCAGAGGCUCCCCCUGUCAUGACGCUGGUCCAGAUGGAUGUCUAAAGGUGGGCGUCUCAGCGUCUCUAGUAGACAAUGGGCAACAACAAGGAAUGCACUCAGCUCUCCAAAAUACCAGUUUCAUGGAAUUUGUUUGUUGUAGUUGAUGGAGCAGCAUCACAAGGCAAGCCCAUUGGGAUGUGUGCGGUGGAAAUUAAAUAAUAAUGACAUACUAUACUGUUUAAUUAGUCGUACUAUGCUGUUUUACUUGGAGAAUUGUCUGUUGUUAUAUGUUAGUAUUUUGCUGAUACAGGUUCGUCUUGUGUGAGUGACAUAGUCAUGGGUCAGGGCCUACAGAUAAGAGCCAUUUGGGUGUGACUGUAGUAUGUGGCAAUCUACAGGAACUUAGAUGUGUGGAAACAUGCAGGAAGAAACGGUCAAUGGUGGCAACGUAAGCUAUCUUAAUCUGCACAGACAAGCUAAAUCAGCAUUUACACACCAUGUUCCGUCCCUGUUUCCACCGAUCUGCCAAACUGCCACGUCGACAAAAUAGGUUGUUCUUUUUCUAUAAGAGGAGAGAGACAACUCUUUUCAUUGAGCUUUCCUAACGAUGCACUGUUGAGUGGUUGUUAUUGAUUGCUUCAUUUUGGCAAAUCUUAUAAAUAGUUGUUUUGAAGAAUACAGUCUCUCCCUUUGGUUAUAAUUACCACGACAUGUGCCCCAGUUUUCUCCCCCUACUCAGAUUCUCUUUGCCAGAUGUGCUUCUCCUCUCUCUUCCGCUGCUUCUCUGCUAGCUAGAGAUACAUUUAGCAAGCUAACGUUAGAUAGCUAUCAUGAUGGUAGCUCGGCUACAUAAGGUUACAUAGCAUUCAGAUAUGUCGCGGGGCAGUCAUUGAACUUUAUUUCCCGAACUCACAUCUUCUUUGUCACUAGAAGCCAACUCCUCGAACAUACACUAUCUAAAAAAGAGUAUGUGGACACCCCGUCAAAUUCAUGGAUUUGGCUAUUUCAGCCACAACCGUUGCUGACAGGUGUAUAAAAUCGAGCACACAGCCAUGCAAUCUCCAUAGACAAACAUUGGCAGUAG